AUGAGCAUUGGGCCGGCGUCACUCCUCUUCGCUCUCGCGGACGGCACACUCCGUCAGCUGAAUGAGACACUCACAAUUUAUCCAAGUGUGAUCGAUGUGUUUCUGUGCAUCAACCAGAUGGCGUGCUGAUGGUCUGUUUGGAGGCGCUGAGCAUCUUGACGUCUCUGCUGCUCAUUCUGCUGUGCGGCUGCAUCAACAGCAACUUCAGCCAGAUCGGAUUUGCGGAGCGCGUGAUGUGCGGUGAGCAGCAAGGCGGGGGCACAUCGAUUCGAUGGCCGCAUGUCUCUGUGUGUGUGUGUGUGUGUGCAGCGUUCACCCCGCGGGACUUUUGGUAUCCAUCGAUCGUCGACACCGCGGCCUCUGACACCACGGCCGACUCAGACAGACCAACGGUCAGACAGAGAGAGAGAGUGAAUGCGUGUGUGUGAGCACUGUUCUUGUGGAUGAGUGAGUGUGAGUCCAUUUCAGGUACCAUUCAGCGGACCCGCCAGACGACUGGGCGACGAGAGCGACAAACACUUCCCACCUGGACGCGUCUGA